UAUGCUAAUCUGAGCUUUCCCCAUCUCUGCAGACACAUUGGCCGGAGAAAGGCUCUACAGGACGGCUGGAUUGCACCAACAGCGGCAGCCAUGAACGGCACGGAGGGUCCCGACUUCUUUGUGCCCAUGUCCAAUGAGACGGGAGUGGUGAGGAGCCCCUUCGAGUACCCACAGUACUACCUGGCGGAUCCAUGGGUGUUCAAAGCGAUCGCGGCGUACAUGUUCUUCCUUAUAAUCACGGGCUUCCCCAUCAAUGCCUUUACGCUCCACGUCACUAUCGAGCACCAGAAGCUGAGGACUCCGCUCAACUACAUCCUGCUGAAUCUGGCCACAGCCAACCUUUUCAUGGUGAUUGGCGGUUUUACCACCACCAUGUACACAGCCCUGCAUGGCUACUUCAUCUUUGGCCAUGCUGGCUGCAACUUGGAAGGAUUCUUCGCCACUCUCGGUGGUGAGAUCUCGCUUUGGUCACUGGUGGUCCUUGCUGUGGAAAGGUGGAUGGUGGUCUGCAAGCCUCUCAAAACCUUUCGCUUCCGCCAGAUCCACGCCUGCCUCGGAGUCGGCUUUUCUUGGAUGAUGGCCUUCUCUUGUGCGCUGCCACCUCUUCUGGAAUGGUCUCGCUUCAUCCCUGAGGGCUUACAGUGCUCUUGCGGAGUCGACUACUACACCGAAAGUCCUCAUCUCUUCAACGAGUCCUUCGUCAUCUACAUGUUCGCGGUUCACUUCACCAUCCCGCUGACCGUCAUCAGCUUUUGCUACACCUGGCUGCUCUGCACAGUCAAGGCAGCGGCGGCCGCGCAGCAGGAGUCUGAGACUACGCAGAGGGCAGAGCGAGAGGUCACCCGCAUGGUCAUCGUGAUGAUCGUGGCGUUCCUUAUUUGCUGGCUGCCAUACGCAAGCAUUGCCUGGUACAUCUUCACACAUCCCGGAAUCGUCGUCAACCCCCUCUUCAUGACCAUUCCCUCUUUCUUCGCCAAGAGCUCAACGCUCUACAACCCUGUAAUCUACGUCUGCAUGAACAAGCCUUUCAGAGACUGCAUGAUCCGCACCAUCUGCGGUGGCGAGAAUCCGUUUGAGAAGCCGGAUGAGUCCACCACCUCCAGCUCCUCCAAGACGGAAGCCUCCUCUGUGUCCUCCAGUUCAGUUUCUCCUGAAUAAGCAGUGGUUCCUCAACCUUGGUUCUGGAGCAGUCCUGACCUCUUCAUUGUAAUGGUUUCUCUGUUCACUGACUGAAAAGUUUAAGGAAGAUUUUUGAUUUGGAGAGACAAAAAUUAUGCAUUACUUCAACACAUUAAAACAACUCCACUUCCGUGCACUCCACCACAGCUGCCUAAACUUUUCUGCUUAUUAUGGAUGGAUCUACGUUGACAAAAGAGGAAAGAAACGACUAUGGCCAUGUUCUGAAGACAUUCCUGUUCCUAAAACAUGGAUAACUUUAAUGGAAAUGUUUACUGCUUGCAAAUGUGCUUCAGGUAUUGUAAGGAAAAAUGAGGAAUAGCAUUGAUUGUUCAGACUCUUAAAAGUAAAGGUGCUACAAAGGGUUUUUUGGGUCUUCAGUCUGGACCUUGAAUCCAGUUUCCAGUUUGCUGAAAGUUUGUUCUUGCUGUAAGUUAAUGAUGAUUACAAAUCUAGGUCUGGAACCUGGAGUCAAGGUCCAGAUUUGAUGACCUAUACCAUAGCUGAACCAUUAUUGGUAAGAUAUCUGUGAAGGUUACAUCAAGUAAGGGUUCUUUGAUUGAUUUAAGUGUCUUCAUAGAUCCCUUGUCAAAAGUGGUUCCUCAAUGGUGUAGGUCUUCAAAUCUGGAACUUCAAUACAUUUUCCAGUCUUGGAAUUUCUUGAAUGGCCAUAUCGUUUCAUACCUACUAAGUGUAACAAAGAGCUAAACUGUAUAUGUUAUUCAAGGUCCAGAUUUGAUGACCAACACCAGAGCCAAACCACUAUUGGUAAGAUAUCUGUGAAGAGGGUAAAGAACCUUUGUCCUGGUUUAUGUGAAGGGUUCUUUGCUUGAUCUCCUACGGAAAGUGGUUUAUCUAUGGUGUAGGUCUUCAAAUCUGGACCUUUAAUCCAUUUUCCAUUCUUGGACUGGAAACAUUAUUCAAGAUCCAGAUUUGAUGACCUACACCAUAGCCAAACCAUUAUUGGUAAGAUUUCUGUGCAAAUUGUGAAGAACCUUUGUUCUGGAUUAAGUGAAGGUUACAUCAAAUGAGGGUUCUUUGCUUGAUUUAAGCGUAUUCAAGUGGUUCCACUAUGGUGUAGAUCUUCAAAUCUGGACCUUUAAUCCAUUUUCCAGUCUUGGAAUUUAUUGAAUGGCCACAUAGUGUAAUACCUUCUAAGGAUUACAAAGAACUAGACUGGAAACACUAUUCAAGGUCAGGAUUUGAAGACCUAAAUCAUAAAGCAACCAUUACUGGUAAAAGAUCUGUAAAAAGGGGGGGAGAACCUUGUUCAAGUUGGUUUUAAGACAAGAAGAGGAGAGAUGAGAAAAUCAAAGACUGGAAACUGGAAUUAAAAUGAAGAUUUGAGUACACUUGACUUGAUGUAAAUGCCUUCAAAUUUGGACCUACAGUUUCCAUUCUUGGAUUUUUCUCUUUUCCUGGAAGUUAAGACAACAGCAAAUCUAAUUUGGAAAUAAGGAUUACAAAGACUAGAAACUGGACUCAUGUAUGAAAGAUCUCUGCCAUAUAUAAGACGUGUAAAAUGGUAAAGAACCUUUAAAGUGGUUCUUAAUGAAACCUAAAGUGGUUCUCUCUAGAAAAACAUAGAAAGACAUUUACAGUUGGUUCAGUUGGUUCUCUGAACUGUAGUUUUUUGAUCAACAUUGCUGACUUUUGAAAAGUCACUCUAAGGUAUGGAAUCUUGGCUCCGCUUUGUACUUUCCCAAGGUCGUCCGGCGUAAGGAAAUAAUGCUAAUCAGGGCUAUCAGAUCAGAGCAAGUGGAUCUGAAUCAUGAUAACACAAGCACUGUCUGGCUUUAACAAGCGAGGAGUAUUACACAGCAUGCAUUUCAAAGAGGUUCUAGAAAGAUCUGUGAUGUUUUUUAAAGUUUAAAAUAUUUUAAAAUUUGUGAUUUUACUGUGAGAAUACUGUGACUUUUGACUCUCAUAACCUGUAAAAAAAAAUGGCUUAAGAUUUUUCAUUCUUUUGAUUUUUUUUGCCAUUUUUAUAAGGCUUCAGGCUGCUUUUUAAGGCUUAUUGUGGCUUAAUCACUUUUUAAUUUCCUGUCAUGCAUGUGCCCAACCUGUCAUGGUAAAGAAAAUGAUUCAGUAUUGAAUAACGUGUCUUUGACUUGAAGGGUUGCAGACAUGGUGAAUUGUUCAUGACUUACAAUACAACACAAUAAAAGUCCCUAUCCCAUGACUUUUGACUAUUUUAAGCAGCAGUAUUACAUACAUUUUGCAUUAUUUGGACAGUAAAUUUAUGUUUUUUAAAAUGGUUUCUUUUUUUGAGUUUUAUUACAUCACACCUUUUUAAAUCCUGCACCUCAGAAAUAACCCGAAGUAUGAAAAAACGAACAGUAUUUAAAAAAAACAAUUCAACCCAAAAAUAUUUUAAAAGUAUAUAUGUGAUUUAUUAGAAAGGCUCGUUUACGUUUAGUUUUUUACUUAAAACAUACUGAAAUGUAUUUAGAAAAAAAAAUGUUUCAGAUUUUUUAUUUGUACUGUAGAAUGAAAAGCACAUUUGAUAAAGAUCACAUCAUUUUAAAUACAUAUUUUUUCUAAAUGACUGCAACAAAGGGAACAGAAGGGAACUAAGGAGACCAGAACAGAAUUAGACUUUUCAAAAUCAGUGAUUUUUUUUAUUUU